CAGCUUUCAAUUACAACACAUUAACUAACACACAUUAGUGGAUUAAGCUUAGUAUAUUACAUUAUUUUACAGUUUAAAAUACAUUUUGUAAGUCGUCCCUGUACCUUCACAUUAUCUUCCUCGGAAUAAUUUACCUGUGUAGCCUAACUCUGGUCGGACUUUGAGUACAAUUUAUUUUCAGGAAAUGAUGCUGCAUAUCUCAUUUUCAAUGUUUUCUGUCGUAUUAAGACUACAAAUACACCGUUUAUACAAAUAUGUGUUUGUCAUAUAGGCUUACAUGACUCUAGGCUAUAUACAGAGGUGAUUCCGAAGUAUUUUCUAUGUAGCCUAUUUGCCUGGUCUAAGGACUAACGUGCGAAGAUGCUGCGCUGCUCCUCGCGUUCAUUGUCUGUGACUGAUCCGUGCAGUUGGCGAUACUGGCUCACUUAUUUGCCUCGUAUUUAAGCCUUGUACAUAGGCUAUCGCUGUGUUUCUUUGGCACAUAUAGAGCACCGUAGAACUAUAUAAAAAAACUUGCAUUGAUUCUGAAGUUGUGAACAGACCAAGACUCGUGCUCACAUGUACAGCAUUGCAUAGGUGGGAAACAACGCCCGUUAUUGUUUGUCUCUGUCCACGCACCUGGUGCGUGAUGCUUUUCGCUCAAAAUGGAAGUAGUUAGGCAUUAUUUUCUGUUACAUCAGAAACUGUUGUGGUCGAUUAAAAUCCAUUCAUUGUUAGCCUAUACUGUGGGCUUUAUUUGAACCUUGUGUCAUCGUUGAUGCCAAGUUUCUUUUUUUCCCACAUAGGCUGGUAGGUAGGCUACUGAAUAUGCGUAAAAGAUAAAAUAUAAGUUCUGUGAACGAGGCUGUUUGAAAUAAGACGUUUCCUUUUUGAAAGACCCUCAAUUCCCUUCUGAUCCUAGUUGAGUCGAGACCGUCUUUGUGACAGACAGCUGUCAAAUUCGGCUUGAAAUAGCUGUACAGUUGAGAGGUUUCAUUUCAUUUCGCCUCUAUAACGAUCGAGGAAGAAGUGGUUAAACGAAGCGUUGACGCGUCUUUGGCGCGUACCCUCUACGCAUUGUUAAAAUGUUAUUCGCUGACGAGAAAGAAACACCAACUUGGGAAGAAAAGGAUCUGAUUGAAUGCAUUUCAAGUGCUGACUGAAAUCCCCCAUCAGAGAGGCACGGUGAGAUGAAAACAGAAUUGUUUGAAAAAGAGGGAGUGCGCUGCUUAAUGGAUGGAUUAAAAGGCAAAACAAAUCUAUUGAUCUACCACCCCUACCCACUCAUUGGCUGCUCAUAGUGUUUAAAUGCUCAUGUUGGUUUGUGGAAAGAUGGGCAGCUUUUGAUGAUUGACGAUGUGUUCAUCUCGUUUGUGUGCGCAUGCUACAUGAGCGCGUGUUGAGUUUGUGAGUCAACCUCCAAAUACAUGCUUGAUAGCUUGCUACAUAGGAAGUGAUGAUGAGAACUAAAGAUUUGCGAGGUCUGGAAAGCUGUGACGGACCUCCACAGUGUGAGGUUACAUGCCUUGCUAAAUGUGAUCCCGCCGCUUUAGCUUUGGAGUCCCGUUUUAUCUGGAGUGCACAGGGAUCAUGGACAGGUGGAGGAAACUGCCAGCGCCUCCCCCUGUCUGCCUGCGUUUCUAGCGUCAAGGAUCACGCUCAGAUAACGUGGAUGGACCUCAGAGCACCACACAAUGGCCACUCUUUCCAUAAAAUCAUUUGUCCCAACCCAGCAGCAUGUUCUACCUAUUUGGGGGGCCCUAGGCGAAUACAGACUUGGGCCCCCUCUUGAAUUUGAUGUUGCUAUUUAUUUACAAUGGCUGGGCUCCCUUUGGGGCCCUUACAGAGGGCUGAUUUGGUGGGGCCCUCGACAAUAGCCUACUGGUAGAACCGACUCUAGUCCCAACCCAGAUCUUGAUGCAUUGUAGGUGGUGCUAAGAUUAUUUUGGACAUUAGGGUGCUUCAGCAGACGGCCUGAGGAAUCCAAAUUCUGGCAGUUACUGUGGCACAGCAGGCAAACAAGACAGCCCCAGACUCAACCCCCCUCCCCCACCUCUUUUUUUCAUUCCUUCUCUUGCAUGGAAGACUUCAGAGAAGGUUGUUUGGUAAUGUCUUGUGCUAUUAUGUGGAGGAGACAAAUGAUCAGUGAGCAUCACUGGUUGAGCACCACUCCCAGAACCCUCUCCCUCCUCCUCUCCUGCUCUCCUCCAAGCUUUCUGGGUGGCACCUCUUCCCCUUUUUAUACCACUGUGAAGUUGGGGCCCUAAGUUUUGUCGCCUUGGCAUGGUAGUGGUGGAAUUUCCAGUAACCUAGCAAUAUCCACUGAAGACUGGCAAGCUGGAGCUCUGUGGGAAGACAUCACUCUCUUCUGCCCCAUUUUCUUUAAAAGGGGCAGACAAUGACAGCAUGGCACAAAAAGAGAAGCUCCAAUGUCUGAAGGACUUCCACAAGGACACUCUGAAGCCUUCCCCUGGUAAGAGCCCUGGCACCCGACCGGAGGAUGAGGCGGAGGGCAAGCACCCUCAGCGGGAGAAGUGGGCCAGCAAGCUUGACUUUCUCCUGUCAGUCGCGGGAGGAUUCGUCGGUUUAGGCAACGUCUGGCGUUUCCCCUACCUCUGCUAUAAAAAUGGUGGAGGUGCGUUUCUCAUCCCGUACACCAUCUUUCUGUUCGGAGGAGGUCUGCCGGUCUUCUUCCUGGAGGUAGCCCUGGGCCAGUACACCUCCCAGGGCGGCAUCACCUGCUGGGAGAAGCUCUGCCCCAUCUUCACUGGUAUUGGCUACGCUUCCAUCGUGAUCGUCUCUCUGCUCAACAUCUACUACAUCGUGAUCUUGGCUUGGGGCCUGUACUACCUGUUCCAAUGCUUCCAGCCAGAGCUGCCCUGGGCCAAGUGCAACCAGCCCUGGAACACGCCGAACUGCGUGGAGGACACGCUGCGCAAGAACAAGAGUCUGUGGAUCGCCACCAACACAACCAACUUCACUUCGCCCGUCAUCGAGUUUUGGGAGCGUAAUGUCCUAAAAAUCUCUGGAGGUAUUGAGGACAUAGGGCCCAUCAAGUGGGACCUUGCCCUGUGUCUCCUGGGCGUCUGGGUCAUCUGCUUCUUCUGCAUCUGGAAGGGUGUCAAGUCUACCGGGAAGGUUGUGUACAUCACUGCCACCUUCCCUUUCUUCAUGCUCAUUGUUCUUCUGGUGCGUGGGGUCACCCUGCCAGGGGCGUCCAAAGGCAUCAUGUUCUACCUGUACCCCAACUUGACCCGUCUUGAGGACCCAGAGGUCUGGAUUGACGCGGGCACACAGAUUUUCUUUUCGUAUGCCAUUUGCCUGGGGGCAAUGACAUCGCUGGGAAGCUACAACAAGUACAAAUACAACUGCUACAGGGACUGUUUGCUGCUGGGAGGCCUGAACAGCGGAACCAGUUUUGUGUCUGGCUUCGCAAUAUUUUCCGUCCUCGGCUUCAUGGCACAAGAGCAAGGGGUGGACAUUGCCGAUGUGGCAGAGUCAGGUCCUGGCCUGGCCUUCAUAGCCUAUCCGAAAGCCGUAUCCAUGAUGCCCCUCCCCACCUUCUGGGCCAUCCUCUUCUUCAUCAUGCUUCUGCUCUUGGGGCUCGACAGUCAGUUUGUCGAAGUGGAAGGACAGAUCACUUCAAUAGUUGAUCUCUAUCCAUCCUUCCUAAGGAAGGGUUACCGGCGGGAAAUCUUCAUAGCUAUAGUGUGUUUCAUGAGCUACCUUCUGGGACUAACUAUGGUUACCCACGGUGGCAUGUAUGUGUUUCAACUGUUUGACUACUAUGCAGCCAGUGGUGUGUGCCUUUUGUGGGUUGCAUUCUUUGAAUGUAUUGCUGUAGCCUGGGUUUAUGGCGCUGAUAAUUUCUAUGAUGCGAUUGAGGACAUGAUCGGCUAUCGACCAAAUCCCUGGAUGAAGUGGAGCUGGACUUUGAUCACCCCUCUGCUCUGUGCGGGCUGCUUCGUCUUCUCCUUGGUCAAGUACAAGCCGUUGACGUACAAUAAGGUGUACAAGUACCCAGACUGGUCGAUUGGUCUUGGCUGGACAUUGGCUCUUUGUUCCAUGAUCUGCAUCCCCAUGGUAGUCGUCAUUAAGAUCAUUCAGUCAGAUGGGCCCCUGAUUGAGCGUAUAAAGGCGGUGGCAGCCCCAGUGAGAGGUGGCGCGAGUUCCUGCCCGGAAAAGUACCGCAAGAAGGCCCCCGAGCAGGCCCACCCCCUGGACCCCAAUGGGAACAACGGUCUAAUGAUGCCACCCACCCAUACCAUUGUAGAAACCAUGAUGUGAGCGCUCUCUGUGAGAGGAUUUAAAAAAAUAUGACCCACUUUCCAUGUUAUAUAUAUAUAUAAUUAUAUAAAUAUAUAUAACGGUAUAUAUAUUUGCUAACUCUGAAAUAGUGGUAGGACCAGGUUUACAUUACGUAUCUGCACUAGGAGUCUAUUUUUUUCUAUGAUGGAGGAAGUUAUAUGUAGUUAUUUCUGUCCAUGUUUUUAAUAUUUUUAUUAUCAUAAUGUUAUUAUUAUAUUUCUAUGAUAAUAAUAAUUAUCAUUGCUAUUAGGGUUGCGACUGCAGUCGGAUAAAGUUUUUGGCCUCAGUCACAAACAGAACUUUGAAACAAGAGUGGUAUAUGUUUCUGAUUUUUUUUCCCUUUUUUUCCUCUGUACAUAAUUGAUAAUAUGUAGUCAGGUUUUCUGUGAAGUUGGACAGAUACAUAAGUAAACAUACUAAAGGACCGUAUAUAAAUAUAUUUUGGGUAUUAGGAUUCAACUAAGUAUAUGUUGUGUUUUAAGAGUAACGUCGAUGUAGCUCCCUCCACACAGUUACAUGCUAUAUCUCAAUGUUGUGGAGUUUUAUUCCUUGUAUGGUAAGGUUAGUUUAUAACGUGUUGCUAUCCAUGUAUGUCGUACCCAUGAGCCGGACGUUAGCUUCAUCCAGCUCGAGGCCAGGCAACACUAGCAGCGUGGGCCACUCUGCCCCAGCGUCCUGUGUCUGUGUGCGCUAAUCUCGCAUCUCGGACGACAGCUGGCAGACCAGCAAGGACACUACUGAGAACCCCACUCCUCCCCCCCACCACCCACCUCCCCACCUCUACCCACCCCGUGGACGUAUGGCCAACACCUACGCACACAUAAACACACACCAAAGUCCCAAAGUCUUCUCUUUCUUCCCUCCUCGUAGUGUUUACAUCUUGGGUUUGUCGCAAGACCAGGCGGUUACAUCACACUAACUCUUACUAGCAGCAUAUCACUUUGUACUGCUCUGCCUCCCGUCUCCUGCUAUCCACACGCAGAGAGACGCACAUCCCAACCAGGCACAGCAGCAUCACUGCCCAACAUCCAAACAUGUCAGUGAGAGCCUUAAUUGAAUGCACUUCUCCAUUAUUACACACACACACACACACACACACACACACACACACACACACACACACACACACACACACACACACACACACACACACACACACACACACACACACACACACACACACACACACACACACACACACACACACACACACACACACACACCAUUUUCCUGUUUAUCAGCACUCCAUAUGACUACCAUAUCUCAGCUCCUAUCAGUUAAUGUCCACUCUUAUGUCCACUUAUGAACAUAGCACAUUGUAUCAUCACGUUGUUACUUUGUUUGUUUUGUUUUGUUUUUGUUUUUAAAUACAAAUCAAUCAUUAAUACAUAGACGGUCAAUAAAGCAGCACAUGACGACACGUGACACAUUCUUAGCUGGGAAUGUUGUAAUGUGAAACUCAUGCCAGAGUAGCAGUGUGCAGUCACACAUUGGAAGGUAGUCUUUUUUAUUUUAUGGUAUUAAAUUCAGAUAUAUUUUAUGUUUUAUUAUAUUUUGUUUAAAAUCACAUUUGCCUUUUGUAUUGAAGAUGUAAAAUGUGUCUGACCACUCUGUUAACAAUUACCAAUAUUUCUCAGAGGGAGGGGUUUCACAUACAAUAAUUAAUCAACAAAAAAAGCUUGCUGCAAUUUCUAAUGUGCAAUAUUUUGUAGGGAAAUGAGCAUAUUUGUAUUUUUUCUCAAAAGGUGGUACUUUAUCAGACUAUACAUGUAUACUGAACUUGGAAGAAAUAAUUAAGGGGCCAAUUUAAGCUAUGAUAAAAAAAAAUGCUUUGCCACAGCAACACCGAAAACUGUAUACGACCAAGACAGCUUUUCUUAUGUGCAGUGUUACCUGUUGUGAGUCUACCUGCAAAUCUGUUCAAUUUCUCAAACCUGAACUAACAGCUUCUGAAGCUAACAAAAAUGGUGUUCUGAACUCGUUCAAUUCUUGUUUGGCACUAGGCUGAAUUGCCCUUACAAAAUAUGGACAACAGCCCUCAAGGCAGCUCACUCCAGAGACCACCGGGCCCAUAUUCAGACCAGUCUCUGCCUGUCUGCCAGUAAAGACCUUGGCCACAAAGGCAGCAUGUCUCUCCACUAAGGGCCUCGUAGGAUGAGUUAAAUGGAAAACAGCUAGCUUGGCGGUGCCUGAGUGGUGCUUUUAUUUUCUUUUAUUUUCUGUAAAGUUUGUUCCUUGGUCCUUUUUCGACUUGAAAUGAUCCAGUUAGAGGCUGAAGGAUUGGAGGAGAGGUCUGUGGCUCCCACUUCCUGUUCUCCGAUCACAUGCCCCGCCCCCAAAGGCCUCUCUUCAGGGAUCUUACCAGCCUGUCUUUUUUUUGCAAGGAAAAAAAGUAUGGUACAUGGUAAAUGUUUUUUGAAGUCUUUGAGGCGAGAUUUUAAUCAAACAUAUUUUGGGAAAGAAGUUUUAUUUUCUAUUUUUUAAAUGAACCUGUGAGAGGAAAUUUGAAAAUGUACUAGAACAGGUAUUACAGUACCUGAAACCUUUUUUAUUUCAUAAUAAAACAAUUCUUUGAAAAAGCCUUCUGCUUUUCUUCCUCAGUGAUAAUGUUGGUAGCUUUUCCAGCUCAAAGAAACAGCAACAUUCCUGCGCAAUACAGUGUAGUACCUCACAGCUCUAGAGCGUUGGGUUUGACCUUGAUCAUGGAGAUAGGUAGAGAUACGGACUGAGCUUUGUGAUCAUACUGGCCUGACGCCCAUCUAGUCUGCCCCAGCUGCCCCCACAUGGCCCUCGCCACAGUCCCAGGCUAUUUAAACACACAUUAUUGUGGACUUCACAUGCCAUGCCAGGACACACAGGUGAUAAAACGGCACAUAUGCAAACACACACACACACACACACACACACACACACACACACACACACACACACACACACACACACACACACACACACACACACACACACACACACAUAAACAUGUUAGAUUGAGCAAAGCUCUCCGACAGCGUUGUUGACAGUCACCUUCGCUGUCCGGGAGACGUGUCACGAGGCAUGACGUUAAGCCCGACGCUUGAGUCACCUCGCUUUGUGUUUUGGCUGGCGGCACGAAAAUAAAACCCCAGCCGAAUGUGUGAGAGAUACCGGCGGUGGCCAUAAAUUUUAUACAGAGCCAGAGGACAGGGACGGUCGGCAGCGCUUUGCGACAGGGCACACGUGUCUUGGCAGACCUUGGCUGACUGACGCAGUAGGCAGGCUGUCCUUGGGGCCCUAAGGCAAGAGAGCUGGUGGCCAGAUGACCGUGCUGGAAUUGAAAUGGGCCUCUUCCAGCCACUGAAAUGCCAGUCAUCAAUCUACCCAUCACUCCAAUUGUCUAACAGCAUAGCAUAGGCACUGCCACUAAAUCAAACGAAUGUGAGCCUCCAAUCGACAUCACAGGCUCUACAGGCUAUGCUUUUUGUUUGAUAUUGGAGAUGAAACAAAUGGAAAAAAACAAGAUGAACAAAAUCCAAAUAUACUGAACCCCCUGUUCCAUAGUUCUUUCUGUCCGCAGUCUUUACAUGCAGCUAAGACUUUAGAAACAGUGAUGGGCUAACUGUUUGCCAUGUGUAUGGUUUCUGAGCUGGGAAUAUAAAUGUUCACUUUUAGUUACCGUUUACCUUCAGACUUGGUUUGUCACUUUCCUUUUCUGAAGUUAUUCCUUUCCUUAUUGCUCUGUGCAGUUACUUGCUAUUACAAUUUCUAAAGAAACAGACAAAUCCAUUUUAGUAAGUGCUCUUUGCUAUUAUGAUGAAGACAUUUGUUAUUUGACAACUUUGUUCUGGGAAAAAAAACAAAAUAAAAUAUUUCAAAAUGA